AUGUACGCCAAGCAGCUCAUCGUGGCCGCGCUGACGGCAACAGCCACGGCCUUCCCCAUGAUGGCCAGCUCAGGCGCGGGCGAAUCCAUCGACGCCACGAUCGUGGCCCGGCAGGCCCCCGCAGACCACCAGUUCCAGGCCCCCGGCGCCAACGACGUGCGCUCGCCCUGCCCCAUGCUCAACACCCUGGCCAACCACGGCUACCUGCCCCGCAACGGGCUCAACAUCGACAUGCCCACGCUCAAGCAGGCCUUUACCGACGGCGUGAACCUGGCGCCCGACGCGACCGAGUUCGCCGGCAAGAAGGCGCUCGUGGCCGGCGACGGCACGCGCUUCAACCUCGACCAGCUCAAGAAGCACCACAUCCUGGAGCACGACGGCUCCCUGUCCAGGCAGGACAUCGCCCUGGGCAACAACCUGGUCCUGGACCAGACCAUCUGGUCCAAGACCCUGCAGGACUUCCCCAACGACCAGAUCAGCCUCACCGACUCGGCCCGCGCCAGGAAGAACAGGCACGCCGCCGCAAAGGCCGCCAACAAGGACUACGACCUGCCCCUUGAGGAGCAGAUGUUCACCUUUAUCGAGUCGGCCCUGUACCAGAGCGUGUUUGGCAAGGGCACCGACGGCGGUGCGCGCAAGGACUGGGUGAGGACGUUGUUUGAGCAGGAACGUCUUCCUUUCGAGCAGGGCUGGUCGAGGGCCACUUCUGCCAUCAGCACUCCGACGGUCCUUAUUCUCACUACAAAGAUCGCUGCCCUGACCGUGGUCGUAUAA